AUGAUCCUGGCGGUUAGAGAAUACGAUGGAUUGGUAGAGAAUCUGAAAAGAGUGGAGAUUGAGACUGGAUUUAAUAAGGAAAUAUUGUUCUUGUGGUUAGCAGGGAAUUGCCGGGAGUUGCUGAGUGUGAUAAUCUUCGAAUGGGCGGGUUUAAAGGAUGUCGUGGCCUCGGGUGGUGUGUGCGGACGAAUUCUUGAAUGGAUCGAUGACCGUAAAACGACUGGGGAAUCGAGAAUUUUGACAUGGCGAGUAUGGAGGUGGAGGGAAUGUGAGGAGUACAAACGAAAUCGGGUAGGGAAGAAGAAGAGAAAAAGGAAGAAAAGAACAAGAGAAAGAAAAAUAGUAAUGCAAUUGAUGGAUAUGUUGAAAGUGGAAGCGAUAAUGAUGAACGACGCGUUCUCUCCAUUUAAUGAGUUACUGCGCCCAGAAAUUGAACGUAAUGCUACAGUGCUGAUUGUAGGGCCACCGAGCGUUGAGACGGCGAACUUUGGUGAACGAAUGAUAAACAUAUUAGCGAACGAAAUGACAAUUCGCAUUCGCCCAGCAGAGUCUCUUCCUCUUCCAUCCGCAUCAACUCCUCGUCCUAGGAUAGAUUUUACAUAG